GUCCUUGCGGGGCGGGCGGGGCCCGAGCGGUGCUCUGUGAGGCCGCGGCCAUGAAGCCGCAGCCGCCCGGCUAGGCCCCGGCUAGGCCCCGGGCGGCUCCAGCCCCGGGCGGCCCGCGGAGGGCUCCCCAGCCCGCCCCCUCAGGCUCGGCUUCCCGGGCCGGCGGGCGCCCGCUCACCAUGCCCGGCAAGCACCAGCACUUCCAGGACCCCGAGGUCGGCUGCUGCGGGAAAUACUUCCUGUUUGGCUUCAACAUUGUCUUCUGGGUGCUGGGCGCCCUGUUCUUGGCCAUUGGCCUCUGGGCCUGGGGUGAGAAGGGUGUGCUGUCCAACAUCUCUGCGCUGACGGACCUGGGGGGCCUCGACCCCGUGUGGCUGUUCGUGGUGGUGGGCGGUGUCAUGUCGGUGCUGGGCUUUGCUGGCUGUAUCGGGGCCCUCCGGGAGAAUACCUUUCUGCUUAAGUUUUUCUCCGUGUUCCUCGGUCUCAUCUUCUUCCUGGAGCUGGCGACAGGGAUCCUGGCCUUCGUCUUCAAGGACUGGAUCCGGGACCAGCUCAACCUCUUCAUCAACAACAACGUCAAGGCCUACCGGGACGACAUCGACCUCCAGAACCUCAUCGACUUUGCUCAGGAAUACUGGUCCUGCUGUGGAGCCCGAGGGCCCAACGACUGGAACCUCAAUAUCUACUUUAACUGCACUGACUUGAACCCGAGCCGGGAGCGCUGUGGGGUGCCCUUCUCCUGCUGCGUCCGGGACCCUGCGGAAGAUGUCCUCAACACCCAGUGUGGCUACGACGUCCGGCUCAAGCUGGAGCUGGAGCAGCAGGGCUCCAUCCACACCAAGGGCUGCGUGGGCCAGUUUGAGAAGUGGCUGCAGGACAACCUGGUCGUCGUGGCUGGUGUGUUCGUGGGCAUCGCUCUCCUCCAGAUCUUUGGCAUCUGCCUGGCUCAGAACCUCGUGAGUGACAUCCAAGCCGUGAAGGCCAACUGGUGAGGCCGCCACGGGCCAUGAGCGCUCACCUGGCCUGCCCGGGGCCGCUGGGUCAAAGGUGACGAUGGCUACAAACUACUGCAAUAAGCAGCAACGGCUCACGCCUACCACCUCCGUUUCCGUCAGCCACAGGCCCCUGGCGAGUUGUCUGGGGCCUGGGAGCUUCCACCUGCCAGCCAGCCCUUCUGAAAGAACCUCCACAUGGCCACGUACCCAGGACACCAACUGCCCUGGUCACUGCCUGGCACUGUCUGCUCACCUAAGUGCCCUGCCUGACCCCAGAGGCCAGGAGUCGGCCUCCUUGCCUCUGUAGGUUGUGCCCUGCAGACCCCACAAGGCCCUGUGCACCAAGCCAGGAGCACGAGAGAAAAGAGGGGGCUGGACCUGGCCAGUCAGUGGGCAUGGCGCCAGGGUCUGCCUGUGUGUGGGGGGUGUAGUGAGGUAGGUGCCACGAGAGCAGCCCAAGGCUGGGUGGGAGUUCAGAAGAUUUUGCAGAAGCGGUGACUGGAAGCCAAGGGCGUGGCUGCUGCGGGGUGGGGUGGGAACUGGGGCUAUGGAUGGGUUGACUCCCAGGAAGAUGAAAUUCAAAGUCGAUUCCUGUGGCCUGCGGAGCUACCUCCUGGCCAGCAGAGGGCGCCAGCACAGCGCCGCCGCCCCCGCUGCUUGCUUCCUGCCGCAUCUCCCAAGUAGAGCCACUCCCUCUCCCUGCUACCGCUUCAAGUUCAGGGAAUUCGCAGACUUCCUAGAGGAGCAAGGCCUCAGGCCAGGGAAGGAUGGCUGCUGCCCCAGCUGCAGCUUUGCCAAGUGGGACAGGUGUGGCGUGACCUUGCCCUUCCCCUCCCUGGGUUGUGGGUGACGGGAGGGGCCUGGGCUCCCUUGGAGGCCUCGGGGCCAGGUGGGACUGAUGGACAGACGUUGGACACGCAUACGUGGUGAGACCUGCCUCGUUCCGGCUGUCCCACUGUUCACUGGAGACGCUGCUUUGUGAAGAGGGAAGCGGCUGCCCCACCUCCCGGAUGCUGGCAGCUUGCCUUGGAGAGCAACAGAGAGUGGCAGGGACCGUGGUGGAGCCCAGUGUCAGAGGGACAGAC